UCUCUCUCUCUCUCAACCAUUCGAAUUUCGCUUUCAUCCUAUCCAGGUAUGUUCCGGGUUCAAUUAUCCCCACAAUCACUGGCUUUGUGUUUUUGAUUUCAUUCUCUGUUUUUCAUUUCCUUAUAUGUAACUUUAUUUUCAUGGCGAGAGGCCCUGUAUCAUAUCUAUUGCGUUUAUAUUCAUCCAAAAACAACCUCUCUAGGGCUAGGGUUCUCUUCUUCCAUUCAAACCCAUGCCGAGAAUUGUAUCCCUCAUACCCCCAAAAAUCCCCACUUUGCCCAACCCACCUGCCAUUUUCAACUUCCUUAAUCAAUCAACUAACCUCUCAUAACCCAAAAUCUAAGCUCUCACUGUAUAGCAAACAACUAUUUUCAACACUGGUCGAAAAUGAAAAUAAUGGUCUUGAAUCAACUAUGAUUGAAUCCGAGUGCAAUGAGACCGCUGACGGUGAAGUGGGUUCGAAAACAAUUGCUGGAUACGUGUAUGUUGGAGCCCGUGAUCCAGCUGAAAUUUAUAGGGAAUUUCGUAAUGCCAGCAAGGCUGAGAAGCAAACUCGGGGUGAUUGGGGUACACUCACUGAAAUCUUCCGUAGUUUUUCGAAAUCGGGUUGGGCAUCCAAUCAGGCACUGGCUGUGUAUAUUGGAGCGUCAUUUUUCCCUGCAGCUGCACACAAGUUUCGGAAUUUUUUCUUCAAGAAAUGUCAGACGGAUGUUGCCAAGUACUUGGUUUCACUUGGUCCUGGCGAUGCGGCUGACCGGUUCCUUUUCCCAAUAUUUGUUGAAUUUUGCAUAGAGGAGUUUCCAGAUGAAAUUAGGCGGUUUAGGAGUAUGAUUGAGUCAGCAGACCUUACAAAGCCAUACACUUGGUUUCCAUUUGCUCGAGCAAUGAAACGCAAGAUUGUAUAUCACUGUGGCCCAACUAAUAGUGGGAAAACAUAUAAUGCUUUGCAGCGGUUUAUGGAAGCGAAGAAGGGUAUUUAUUGUAGUCCUCUUAGGCUGUUGGCGAUGGAAGUUUUUGAUAAGGUGAAUGCACUCGGCGUCUAUUGUAGUCUUCUUACAGGGCAAGAAAAGAAACAUGUUCCGUUUUCAGACCAUGUUGCUUGUACGGUGGAAAUGGUAUCCACGGAUGAAUUAUAUGAUGUGGCUGUUAUUGAUGAAAUUCAAAUGAUGGCAGACUCGUAUAGAGGUUAUGCUUGGACGAGGGCUUUGCUUGGUUUGAAGGCUGAUGAGAUACAUUUGUGUGGGGAUCCCAGCGUUUUGAAUAUUGUUCGAAAAAUAUGUUCUGACAGUGGAGAUGAGUUGUAUGAAAACCAUUAUGAGAGAUUCAAGCCAUUAGUGGUUGAAGCCAAGACCCUUUUGGGAGAUCUUCGAAAUGUUCGAUCUGGAGACUGUGUUGUUGCUUUCUCAAGGAGAGAAAUAUUUGAGGUGAAAUUAGCAAUUGAGAAGCACACAAAUCAUCGUUGUUGUGUUAUUUAUGGUGCAUUACCCCCAGAGACUCGUAGGCAUCAAGCUAACUUGUUUAAUGAUCAAGAUAGUCAAUUUGACGUUUUGGUUGCUAGUGAUGCAGUUGGAAUGGGUUUGAAUCUUAAUAUCAGGAGGGUCAUUUUUUAUAGCCUUUCAAAGUACAAUGGUGACAAGAUCGUUCCGGUUCCCCCAUCCCAGGUAAAGCAGAUUGCAGGAAGAGCUGGUCGGAGAGGAAGUCUCUAUCCAGAUGGGCUGACAACCACCUUGCAUCUUGAUGACUUGGAUUAUUUAAUUGAAUGUUUAAAGAAACCUUUUGAUGACAUUACGAAAGUGGGUCUCUUUCCUUUCUUUGAGCAGGUGGAGUUAUUUGCAGGGCAACUUCCAAAUGUUACUUUCCCCCAGCUACUUGAGAAGUUUAGUGAAAGUUGCCGUUUGGAUGGGUCUUACUUCUUGUGCCAGCAUGGCCAUAUAAAGAAGGUUGCUAACAUGUUGGAGAAGGUUCAGGGAUUAUCUCUUGAAGAUCGUUUCAACUUUUGCUUUGCUCCGGUUAAUAUAAGAGAUCCAAAAGCAAUGUAUCAUCUGCUAAGGUUCGCUUCAUCGUAUGCCCAAAACUUGCCUGUUAGUAUAGCAAUGGGCAUGCCACAAUGUUCUGCUCGUAAUGAUUCUGAACUCUUGGACCUUGAGACUAAGCACCAGGUGUUGUCUAUGUAUUUAUGGUUGUCACACCACUUCAAGGAGGAAACUUUUCCUUAUGUGAAGAAGGCUGAGGCAAUGGCAACUGAUAUUGCUGACUUACUGGGUCAGUCACUCACUAAAGCCUGUUGGAAACCAGAAUCAAGGCAUGCAGCAAAGACGAAGCCUCAAGCGAAGGAAGGUGGUUAUUAUGAGAGGCCAAGGUCAAUUAUUAAGUUUUAUGAGAAGAAAAGGCAUGAAAAAUCUGCUUUGCCUGGUGGUCAUCUAGAGAAAGUAGCAGCGUAAUGCCCUCCCAAGUAAUUGAUGACACAUGGCAGCAAAAGGGGUGUAAGGUGACAGGUGACACGUGGCAAGGCAGCAGAGAUAGUGAUGUUAGCAUGAGAAAUGAAGGAGAAAGCAGUGGUUAUGGGCAGUUUAGGCAUAGAGAAUGGAAGGCCAAAUGAUAUAUGGCUAUAAAAUGGGGGACAUGGUUUCCCAUGACUCGCAGAGUGGCUACAAAGCAGGAAAGCAUGAGGAUGAGGAUGAGCCUGAGGCUGAAGGGACUAUAAAAGGCAGUCGAAGGCAAGAGCAGAGGCAUAUCAACACACAACACAUCAAACUAGCAUAAGUAGUUUUAGGAAUAGAUUAUAUUAGUAGUUUUAGCCUUGUAAUUUUCAGUUCAUGCUUGUAAACUUUGAAGUUGUAAUUGAAAUUGUCCUUUGUUUACUUUUGUUCUGUCAUUGUUCCAAAGAUUUCCUUGUAUGUUUCAAGGCAUUGAACCUCAACAUGAUUGCCUGAUUUCUUUUGAUUGUUUGGUAAAUGUUUUGUUAAGUCUCUGUCAA